CAAAUAUGACAUUUCUAAAAUCAAAUUGACGGAAAUCCGUCCUAUGACGGAGAACUUUAAUCCUUGCAUUCAUUAAAAGAGCAGCAUUUCCAUAGGUUUUCUAGCAGGCAGAUAGAUCGUACAUGAGCUCAGCCAUAUUUUUUCUCUCUUUCUCUCUCUCUUUGUGUGUGUGUGUGUUUAGGCCUACAAACUGAAAGUAAAAGUAGCAUAAACGAUGCGGAAGAUGCAUCUACGUCGUCGAUAUGAAGGAAAGAACGGCUACUUGGAGAUAUAAACGAUAGGCCUGCGCUCAUGUUGCUUUUUAGUGUUUGAUUAUUUUAAAACGUUUGAAUGAAUUGAAUUGAGUGCAGAUUGUGUAGGCUAGUUAGUCUUAAAUGUCGAAGAGGUUGAUCUAAUAUUUUAUCUGUAGCUCCAACUUAGACCUAUCGAAAAUGGCGGAACAACAACUUCGCAACACUCUUAUGGAUUUUUUGUGUUGUAAUGUUUGCGGAGGGACACUUAAGAACCCAGUAUCGCUUGGUUGCAAUCAUAGCUUCUGUCAGAUUUGUCUGUCUGAUUUCUGGAAAGAACAGAUUGAUGAGAAAUGUCCAUUGUGUAAGAGAAAGUCAUCUAAGAAUAGACUUAUCAACUUUUCGUUGAAAGAACUUGCCGACUGUUAUGACGCGACGACACAACGACACAAUGUUGAAGAUGAACAGUCAGAUGAAUGCCCAAACCCAACAAUUCAGCCAGGGCAUCCUAAAUUACAGAUGCUGAGAAAACGGAGUACCAAGGAGGAAGGACUGACCAGACCCGGUAGAGUUGAACUAGAUGAGGAUCUAGUGGAUUGGAAUAAACCCCUGGCGUGGCAAGUGGGUCAUCUUGGGAGCAAGUAUGACAAGUGGGUGCAUAAGCCUGUGGACCGGCCCAUUCGCCUGUUUGAGUCAGAGUUCCUGGAGGCCAGAACCAAGGCUGCAUGGUAUUGGGUUCCAAUCUGUUGGGUGCCUGUAGUCAUAUGUCUGACCUUAUACUGCUGGACACUUCUCUCCAAGUCGGACAAUUCAGUGCCGAUUCAUAAGUAUGGUGUCCCUUUGGUCUUAACUUUGGGGGGGUUAUUUCUAUGGUUGUUCUUGACUUACUGGAUACAUUUCCUCUUCCACACUCCGCUGAAGCGCAAUUACUACAUGAUCACAAUUCACUUCAUACUGCAUGGACAACAUCACAAGAAUCCAAAUGAUAAUUCACGGCUAGUCUUCCCUCCUAGUCUGGCCUUUCUUUUGAUGGGUAUUCUCUACUGGGCACUAAGCUGGCUGUUGCCAGAGGUUUUGGCCUUAUCCCUGUUGUUGGGGGUCAUCUGUGGAUAUGUACUCAAUGACCUGGUCCACUACUACCUGCAUCAUGGCUCCCCAAGUGAAGGCUCUUGGUUCUAUUUCAUCAGGAAUUCCCACAUCAAACACCAUUUUGAGAAUCCAGAUAAAGGCUUAGGGAUAACAACCACUGUGUUCGACUCCUUAUUUGAGACAGACAUCCCUCAGAUGCAUUAAGGAUUAAGGAUGGGCAAGAAAACAUGAAAAACACUCAUUUGACAUAUACUGUUUGUACUGAUUACAAAACACUACUGUUACCAUCAUGCUGAAUCAGAUUGUGUAGAGUGGCUGCUGGAUUUAGAGGUUAUUGCGUGAUGCUGCAAAAUCAUGGUUGUGUAAAUAUAUGUUUAUGUAUGUACAGUAUAUGCAGUUCUGGAAUAAAUUAAGAGACCACUGCACAUUUGAAUAUGACCGUCAACUCACUAUGCUGUAUAUUUUUUACGUUUUAUUUAGCCUUUCUGGUUUUUUUUUU